CAAACGUGCAAGCUCAUCAGCUACGGGACUACUCGCUGCUUACUGGUAACAUCUAGCCAGAUAUUAAGCCUACAACACAUCAUGGCAUCGAACAAACGAAAGGCUGCAUCUUCUGCCAAACCUCCAGCGGCUAAGAAGCAGAAGCCAGCUCCAUUCAAAUUGAGAAGAGGGAGAGGCUGGAGGGCUGGCUGGUGAAAGAUGUGGCCAAACAAAGAGGAGAGACCCGAUCUAUCAUGCAACCCAAAGCGCAUCCGUUUUAUAUCGGACACUCAGUCAAUUAAGCACGGCUGUGAAGGUAUUCUGUAUUGGAUGUCGAGGGACCAUAGGAUUCAAGAUAACUGGGCCCUGAUCCACGCUCAGCAGCUUGCGGUGGAAGAGAAGCUGCCCCUGCACAUCUGUGUUUGUCUGCUUGUUCCAAAAUCUGAGCUGUCCACUCUCCGGCACUAUAAUUUCAUGUUGAAAGGUCUGGAAGAAGUUGCAAAGGAAUGCAAAGAGCUCGACAUCCAGUUCCACCUGCUCCGCGGGGCCCCAGGCGAGGUGCUGCCCGGCUUUGUGUCGGACCACGGCCUGGGGGUGGUGGUCACAGACUUUUCCCCUCUCAGAAGCCCCCUCAAAGCACUUGAGAGCCUCCGAAAGAGUCUCCCAGAAGACAUCCCUCUCAUACAGGUCGAUGCCCAUAAUAUUGUGCCCUGCUGGGUUGCGUCUAUCAAGCUUGAAUACGCAGCAAGAACAAUCAGGGGCAAGAUCACCAAACUCCUGCCAGAGUUCCUCACAGAAUUCCCUGUGGUCAGAAAGCACAGCUACACCGCAACUAGGCCAGCCAAGCCGGUGGACUGGAGCGAGGCCCUGGGCUCCCUGCAGCUUGAUAGGACCGUGGGGGAGGUGGACUGGGCCCUGCCCGGCUCCGCUGCUGGGAGCGCCAUGCUGGAGUCUUUCAUCGACCUGCGGCUGAAGCACUUCGCCAACCACCGAAACGACCCCAACUCGGCCGCUCUCAGCCAGCUCUCGCCCUGGAUCCGCUUCGGCCACCUCUCCGCCCAGCGCGCGGCUCUGCAGGUGCAGCGCUGUGGGAAGGCCUUCAGCGAGUCCGUCGCCCCCUUCAUCGAGGAGCUGGUCGUGCGGAGGGAGCUGACCGACAACUACUGCUUUUACAACGACAACUACGACAACAUAAAGGGGGCCUAUGAGUGGGCACAGAAGACAUUGAAAGACCACGCAAAAGACAAAAGAGAGUACCUCUACACCCAAGCAGACCUGGAGAAGGCCAAGACUCACGACAAGCUCUGGAACGGAGCCCAGUACCAGAUGGUAAGCGAGGGGAAGAUGCACGGGUUUCUGCGGAUGUACUGGGCCAAGAAGAUUCUGGAGUGGACCUCUUCCCCGGAACAAGCCCUGUCCAUCGCCCUCUACCUCAACGACCGCUACUCCCUCGACGGCCAAGACCCCAACGGAUUUGUCGGCUGCAUGUGGUCGAUCUGUGGCGUCCACGACCAGGGCUGGGCAGAGAGGGCCGUCUUCGGGAAGAUCCGCUUCAUGAACUACAAAGGCUGCCUCCGCAAGUUUGACGUGGCCAAGUUUGAGACCAAGUACUGUCCUAAGAAGCUUUGAGCAUUGAUAUCACUUUGAUGAACAUCAAUGUGAUGUCUCUCGCCCAAUGCCCACAUGCUUCCACCUACUAAUGUCGAUAUUUUCUUGUGAGCCAGAUUCCAGUGAAGCCAUUAUGUUCAUAAAUGCUUUGAGGGGGGUAGGAUUUGGUACAUAAGUAUUAUUGCUUGUUCAUCAAAUGUAAGACGGUUAUGGAAGCCCAGUACCUGUUGCAAUGUUACUUUACGUUUGAUGUUUUUUAGUUUCCUACUUUGAGAGCAAGUCCAAAGCAUUUGGAUACAAACAUGUGUUUUUGUAUCUUGUUUGAGUUUUCACAGCAGUUUCUUUCAACGUGAAAUUACAUUAGUGGUUGUGCUGUUGACUGCCACAUAUAUUUUCUGACAAUAAAUAAAUACAGAAACAACUAAUUCAA